GGCUCGCCCUCUCCGUGCUGUGGCAGCUGGCGGCGGCGCGCGGGCUGGAGAUGAGCGCCUACGAGGCGGAGCGCGGCCGCGCCGCCCGCUGCCAGCCCAUCGACAUCCCCAUGUGCCAGGGCAUCGGCUACAACCUCACCCGCAUGCCCAACUUCAUGGGCCACGAGAACCAGCGCGAGGCCGCCCUCAAGCUGCACGAGUUCGCGCCGCUCGUGGAGUACGGCUGCCACGUGCACCUGCGCUUCUUCCUGUGCUCCCUCUACGCGCCCAUGUGCACCGACCAGGUGAGCACCAGCAUCCCCGCCUGCCGCCCCAUGUGCGAGCAGGCGCGCCACAAGUGCGUCCCCAUCAUGGAGCAGUUCAAYUUCGGCUGGCCCGAGUCGCUCGACUGCGGCAAGCUGCCCACCAAGAACGACCCCAAYGCGCUCUGCAUGGAGGCCCCGGAGAACGCCUCGGCCGGCGAGCCGCACCGGGGCCAGGGCAUGCUGCCCGUGGCGCCCCGGCCCUGGCCCGCCGGGUCUGCCGAGGGACGGGGCCCCAACGGCCUGGGGGCCUGCGACAACCCCGAGAAGUUCCAGUACGUGGAGAAGAGCCUCUCCUGCGCGCCCAGGUGCUCGCCCGGGGUGGACGUCUACUGGUCCCGGGAGGACAAAGACUUUGCCUUCAUCUGGAUGGCCGUGUGGUCAACACUGUGCUUCGUCUCCACCGCCUUCACGGUACUCACCUUCCUGCUUGACCCGCAUCGCUUCCAGUACCCGGAGAGACCCAUUAUUUUCCUCUCCAUGUGCUACAACGUGUACUCCGUGGCCUUCAUCAUCCGCUCGGUGGCAGGCGCCGAGAACAUUGCCUGCGACCGGGAGAACGGGGAGCUCUAUAUCAUCCAGGAGGGCCUGGAGAGCACGGGUUGCACCAUCGUGUUCCUCAUCCUCUACUACUUUGGCAUGGCCAGCUCACUCUGGUGGGUUAUCCUGACCCUCACUUGGUUCCUGGCUGCRGGGAAGAAGUGGGGACAUGAGGCUAUUGAAGCCCACAGCAGCUACUUCCACAUGGCUGCCUGGGGCAUCCCAGCCAUGAAAACUAUAGUAAUCCUCACCAUGAGGAAGGUGGCGGGGGACGAGCUCACGGGGUUGUGCUAUGUGGGGAGCAUGGACGUCAGCGCCCUGACCGGCUUCGUCCUCAUCCCGCUCUCCUGCUACCUGGUCAUCGGCACCUCCUUCAUCCUUACGGGCUUUGUUGCCCUCUUCCACAUCCGGAAGAUCAUGAAGACGGGAGGCACCAAUACAGAGAAGCUGGAGAAGCUGAUGGUGAAGAUUGGGGUCUUCUCCAUUCUCUACACUGUCCCGGCCACCUGUGUGAUCGUCUGCUACUUCUACGAGCGGCUGAACAUGGAUUACUGGAACCUCCGGGCGCUGGAGCGUGGCUGCGUGCCCCUGCCCGGCAGGCGCGCCACCAACUGCUCCUUGGAGGCCUCCGUGCCCACCGUGGCCGUCUUUAUGCUCAAGAUAUUCAUGUCCCUGGUGGUGGGUAUCACCAGCGGAGUGUGGGUGUGGAGCUCCAAGACGCUGCAGACCUGGCAGAGCCUGUGCAACAGGAAGCUGGGCAUGAGGACGAGGGGGAAGCCGUGCAGCGGCGUCAGCUGCAGCGGGGUGCACUGCCACUACAAGGCCCCCACGGUCAUGCUGCACAUGACCAAAACAGACCCGUACCUGGACAACCCAACGCAUGUCUAGAGAGCGGGCGCUGCCUCUGCCGGGGACGACGCGCCCGGAGAGCGGGUGUCACGGGUAAGGGAGUGGGGGAGCGC